AUGGAUCUAUCAAAAUACCUGGUGGUGCUAGCCUUGGUGUUCUUUGAUGGUGGCGAGUCUGGAGGUCACGAAGAUCAACAUGAUCACGUGAGAGUGCACAUACCAGAAUUUAUACAUCAUAAUCAUCAUACAAAAGUAAUAACGAUUCACCAUCAUCAUCACAAGCCGAAGAAGGAGCAUCACCACCAUCACCACCACCACCAUCACCCAAAGCCACACAUUCCGCAUCAUCAUUACAAUCAUCACCACCAUAAGACGACGCUUAAAACAACCACGGUGUCGAAAGGUCACAAGCAUCACGGACACGGCCAUCACGGACAUCAUGGUCACCACGGCCAUCAUGGUCACCACGGUCAUCUUGGUCACCACGGCCAUCAUGGGUACCAUGGCCAUCACGGCCAUCAUGGACAUCAUGGGCAUUAUGGACAUCAUGGAUAUAAUCACCACCAUGAUUCACCAUCAGUCAGUUAUGAUCCACAUCCGGUUUCAUUUGAUGAUGACUUUAAGUCUUAUACUCCACAAAUACCUGUCAGCAUUCCUCAUAACCCGCACGUGCACGGCAUUGUGCAUACGGUGAAGCAAGUAAAAGUAUUCGAUUCGCUGCCAGGCACAAUUCAAGUAAACACUGGUGAUUCUGGCUCGCACGGUUACGAAGUGACUGAGGAAGGAGAAGGAGACGAAGACGCGUUUAAUUCUAUCAAUACGAUCCCACAAAGCUACCCUGCGACCUACGAUUUUGUGCGAAGUGCUGCUCCACAACACACCGAUUCUUACGCUGGUAUCGCUCUUCAAAGCACCGUUCAAUCGAGCCAUGAUCCUUUUGCCGCCGGGCCACAACCUACAGAUUUUUCCGCCUUAGAGAAUUUCUCCAGCGAUGGUCAAAGUGAUGCCUUCGCGGUCUCUUUGCCCGAACAAGGAGUAUUAUCGAAUGCUCACGCUCCACCGGAAUUCGCUUCGGGACAUGUCAACCCUGAAUCCGUAUCUGGUUACGACGAUCCAGAAAAUACUUUUGUUGGCAACGACAUAAGCGAUAUCGCAUUUAUUUCUACAGCUGAAGCUAAUGAUGAUACUCCUGUUUCUUUUUCUAGAGAAGCUGGUAUUCAACAAACUGUUAAAACCGGAGGUAUUGAAACUAUUGAAUACUAA